CCGCCUCCUCGGGCCGCCAUGGCCGCGCCCGCCGCGGGGGACGAGCUGCCCGUGCCCGAAUCAGGUGCUGUUUUCACAUUUGGGAAAAGCAAAUUUGCAGAAGAUGUUCCUAGCAAGUUCUGGUUCAAAAAUGACAAGCCUGUACUUAUAUCAUGUGGAGAUGAACAUACCGCUAUCAUUACAGGGAAAGGUAAACUGUACAUGUUCGGCAGUAACGACUGGGGCCAGUUGGGACUAGGAUCAAAGAACACUGUCAACAAACCAACAUGUGUUAAAGCUUUAAAACCAGAAAAACCAAAACUUGCUGUUUGUGGAAGAAACCACACUUUAGUUUACACAGAAAAAGGAAAUGUGUAUGCUGCUGGAGGUAACAGUGAAGGUCAGCUGGGAUUAGGUGACACAGAGGAAAGGACCACAUUUCAUUUAGUAAGUUUUUUCACCAGCCAGCACAAGAUCAAGCAGCUAGCAGCUGGAUCAUACACCUCAGCAGCAGUAACUGAGGAUGGGCAGCUUUUUGUGUGGGGUGAUAAUUCAGAAGGUCAGAUUGGCCUGGCCAGUGAAUCCUGUGUCAGUGUCCCUUGUCAAGUGGAUGUUGGAAAACCUGUUUCCUCUGUAUCCUGUGGAUAUUAUCACUCUGCCUUGAUAACAGGAGAUGGUGAGCUCUAUACUUUUGGAGAACCUGCAAAUGGGAAACUGGGAUUAUUGCCUGAACAGCUGAAGAACAAUAGAGUCCCACAGCCUGUACUGGGAAUUAUGGAAAAAGUUAAUAAGGUUGCUUGUGGUGGUGAGCAUACAGUGGUGCUGACAGAGACAGAUGUCUAUACUUUUGGACUUGGACAAUAUGGGCAGCUGGGCCAUGGUACUUUUGUUUUUGAAUCUUCAGUACCGAAGCCUGUGAAACACUUGAAGAAGCAUAAAAUAUGUAACGUUGCAUGUGGGGAAAAUCACACUGCUGUAAUAGCAGAAAAUGGCCUCAUGUUUACUUUUGGAGAUGGACGACAUGGCAAGUUGGGCUUUGGAGAAGAGAGUUUUACAAACCUGUUUGAUCCCACUCUGUGUUAUAAUUUCUUGAAGUUCACAGUGCUUUUGGUUGCUUGUGGUGGUUGUCACAUGCUGGUUUUUGCUGCUCCGAGACCUAAAGGAUCUGAAGAAAUACUCUUGGAAGAUUUAUAUGAGAAUCCUUUGACUGCUACCAUCCCUAAAAUGAGUGGGGACUUUGUACUGGCAGACACCUUACAACUGUCAGCAGCACGAAUGCGACGUCGGGAGAGGGAAAGGUCACCAGAACAGUUUAUUCGAAUGGCACAAACUCUGCCCCCACUGGGAGAAAGGUUCUUAAAAUCUUCAUUGCCUGUGACAAGCAACACCACCCCAUUCAGCUUUUCUGCAACAAGUCUUUCUAAAGCUGAAUCUGCAAUGGAUGGAGACAGUGAAAAAGAAAAUGAUCAUCGAAAGGGUAAAUCUGGUGAAGCCUCUGCAGAAGAAGAUUCAGAUAAUGACAGUACUGACAGAAACCUGGGAGAUACAACUGACAUCCUAAAUAUGACACAUGCUGUGAAAUUAAAUCCCAGUGACUGGUCUGUAGAAUUAUCACCACUCCAAAAACAGAAGAAGAACAAUAAAAAUGUGAAACUGAAAAGAGAUGGUAAGGGUGGGUUGAAAAACAAAGAUUCUGAUUGCACAAAGGAGGGCUCAAAAUUGGACUCUGGCUCUUUACAAAAGCAGUCCUCACUUUCAGAGUCACCAGGACAAGAUUUAGAAAAGAGUAGUGCCUUUGUAGGGAAGCCUGUGGCCAAAAAAAAACCAACAAAAGGUAAAUCUGAGCAUGCACAAAGUGUUAGCACUUUGAAAAGGGGUGUUCAACAAAUGACUGGGGACAAAAGCAGAUUAGUGAAAAGCGAAGAAGAAUAUGUGGAAAAUCCUGAAUUUUUCAGAGAGGAUGUAACUUAUAAUCUUCCAACUGAAAAUCAAGUUCUGUCUGAAAGAACAAAUUCUUCUGAUAAAAAGUCAAAAGCCAUUAAAUCUAAGCAAUCUCUUAAAAUAGAGGUACUUCCUUCUACAUCCAGGGAUCGUCCCCAGACUGACGAUUCCUUAACUGUAGAAAAAUACAAUCCCGUUCAAAAGGAAGAAAGUCGAGAAGUAAUAAAAAGUCAAAACAAAAUAAAGGAUGUUGCUGAAAAAUCUGAGAAGUGUGAAAAAACACACGUCAAAGGAGAAGAAAGCAGUGCAGAGAAGAUAGGGUUUAAAAUAUCUGUAAGCAUGUCAUCAUCUUCAACUGAGGAAAGUAGUUAUGAUCUUGAAAAGUAUGUGCUUAAGCGUAGGAAGAAAGAAGAGGACUACAGUGAAGGCAGAGACAUCCAGAAGGCAAGAACAGUAGAAAACGUGGAAGAUUUGGACUUAGAAAAAGAAGACAGUGAGAUUGAGGAGAUGCAAAUAAGAAACAAUGAGAAAGAAUGUAUAGAAGACACUGAUUUAAAAAGCCAGAAUGAGGAAGAAUCAAACUCUGAUGCUAAAUCUAAUGAAGAUGGGCAGUUAGAAAUUAAGAACGGGGAGGAUUCUGAUCAAGAGCAGGAGAGUGAAGGCAGUGAAAAGGGUGAAAGUGAAAAACUAGAUGAAACAAUUGACAGUGAAGGUAAACUAGGGGAGGAAGAAGAAGACAGUGAGUGUAAGAAAGGCAGAGAUGAAGUUUCAGUAGAAAAAGAUGAAGAUGAGGAGGAAAAAGAUAAUGAAGAAAAUGAAAGACAGGAAUCAGAGGGUGAGAAAGACAGUGAGAAUGAGAGUGCAGAGGAGACUGAAGAGGUUAAUCAGGAAAAUGACAAAGAUCAAGGAGAUGACCAAGGCAGGUUGAUGGAGGAAGAAGAAAUGCUGAGUGAGGGAGAAAAGGAGGAUAUGGAGAAGUAUGCAAAAGAGGAAGGCACUGAAAAAGAAAAGGAGGAGCAGAUUAAAAGUGAGGGAAGAAAUGAGAGUGAGGAAGGAGGUGAAGAUAGAGAGGGGGAGGCAGAAGAGGAAGGAGAAGAUGAGAAGGAAAAUGAAGAAGAAAAUGAGGAAAGAGAGAAAGAAAAAGACAAAGAGGUUGAAGAGAAGGAGUUAGGAGAACCAUUGGCAGGGAAGGAAGAAGAAGUAUCUGAAGAAGAACAGGAAGAAGAUAUGAGGACUAAGGAGGUGGAGGAGGAUGGAGUGGAAGAAGGAGAAGAGGUAGAGGGAGAGGAUGAAGUGGAACAGGAAAGAAAAGAUGAGGAGAAGGAAGGAACAGAGGCAGAAGCAGAAGGGGAGGAGGAUGGAGUAGAAGAAGGAGAGGAUGAAAUUGAAGAGGAAAGAAAAGAUGAGGAGAAAGGAAAAGGAACAGAAGCAGAAGCAGAAGUGGAGGAGGGUGGUGAAGAUGAAAAGGAAGAAGAAGAGGGGGGAAAUGAAGAAGAGGAAGAAGGAGUAGAAGAGGAUGAGGGAGUGGGGGAGGAAAAAGAAGAGGGAGUUGGAGAAGAUGAGGAACAAGAGGCAGUGGAAGAAGAAGAGGAAGAUGAGGAAGAAGAGGAAGAAAAGGCAGUGGAAGAAGAAGAGGGAGAUGAGGAAGAAGAGGAAGAAAAGGCAGUGGAAGAAGAAGAGGGAGAUGAGGAAGAAGAAGAGGGAGAUGAGGAAGAAGAGGGAGAAGAGGCAAUGGAAGAGGAAGAGGGAGAUGAGCAAGAAGAGGGAGCAGAAGAAGAGGAAGAUGAGGAAGAAGGAGUGGAAGAAGAGGAAGAGGAGGGAGAAGAGGGAGUGCAGGAAGAAGAAACAGCAGAAGAAGAAGAAGCAGAAGAAGAUGAAGAAGCAGAAGAAGAAGAGGAAGAGGAAGAAGAGGAUGAAGAGGAAGAAGAAGGGGCAGGGGAAGAGGGAGAAGAAGGGGAAGAGGGAGAAGAAGAAGGGGAAGAGGGAGAGGGGGAAGAGGAAGAAGAGAAGGAAAGGGAUGUAGGAGAGGAGGAAGAAGAGGAUGAGGAAGAGGAGAAAGAAGAGGAUGAGGGAGAGGAGGAAGAAGAAGAGGAAGAGGAAAAAGCAAAAGAUAAAAGAAAAAAUUAUCGUAAUAAACUUCCACAAAAGAAAAGCAAAUCCAGGAAGCCAGAAAAGACAGAAAGUGCUGCUUUACCAAAUGGCUCUAAACAAAUCGUGAAGUCCAAACAGCAUGUAGCAAAUGGUUUACAUAAUUCAGAACAAUUUUGGAACAAUGUGCUACCUCAUUAUUUAACACUAAAAUAGCAUAGAUUACUGGACAUGCAUUUUAAGCAUGUUCAGGAAACUUUGGAAUGAUGGCAGAUUGAUUUUUAUUACUUAAGAGAAACUUCUAAUGUAGUCAAAAUACAUUAUCAUGCAUUUAAGUGCCAUUUACUUGAAAAAGACUGAAGAAAAUGUUUAGGUUUGGGAAGCUUUUAUAAGAGAAAUUGUAAGUUGUUGAUACAGUCAUUUUUACAAUCACAUUAAUCAUGGAUGACACAGAUUUAAAAAAUAAUUGCUGAGGAGGUAAACUGUGUUUGCCUCUUAAUUAAAUUGUAAUGUUGUGCUUGACAACAUGAAUUAUACAUUGCAACAGUGUAAUCUUCUUUGCCUUUGAAUCAAUACAUCAAUAUUAGUUGCAGGACAGCUCACUUGUUAAUGUGCCUUAUAUGAAAGGCGUGUCAGUAAAUUAGCAAAUAUACAUAUUUUUAAAUUUUGGUGUCAGUCCAUAUUCAUUCCCCCAUACUUUUCAUCUGUUCAUACAUUGGUAAAAUGUUUGAGUACUCAGCAUCAAUUAAAGAAAAGUUGCCAAAUUUUGGGUCAGCUGAUGGGAGGUAAAUGGAAAUGCAGGCCUGGGUAAGUGAUGGCCUGUGGUUUUUCAAAGGCCUUAAGGUUGACUGAUAAUGUUGGUGUUUGGCACACAACUAUGUGCAAAUACACAAGUCUCAGAAUCUGGCCUAACUUAUGUUAGAGUCAGAAUGUAUCUGUUCAGGGAUAAUUUUUGACUAUCAUCCUUGGUGAAAAGAAUUUGAAAAUACACUUGUAAACUUUUUUUACGUGUUUAUACUGUGCAGUACACAAAACAUUCUAUAUCUGCCUACAAAACACUACAUUGCUUUAGUCAUCUAACUCUAAGGUUCUCAAGAAGGGGAAUAUAUUCUGUUGCUGGGUGAAGCAUAUACAUGUUUUCAGUAUCUGAGCCAAAGCUUUAAAACACAAACAAAUCUUGCAAGUUAUUUUUGUAAGAUAUUGCAUUACUGUUUCAACUAUUGGGGGUUGAACUGGCAAAUGAAGAGAUAGGGACUCGUCACACAGCCCUGUUACUUAAAUUCUAUGCUAAUGGGUGGUCUGGGAAAUUUUUGUAAACAGAACACAGUAUUGACAUUCAUUUUCUAGAAAAAUAGUUACUUAAAUCUUAUUUGAAAAUGAGAACAAGAGAAGAAAGAAAUCAAAAUAAGUAAAUGUCAUUCAAUAAAAAUGUUAAUGGAAUCAAUACUUAUGUUGAGAUUAUGAAACAUUUUUAAUACUGUUUUGUAAGAUGCUGGCAUUAAACUCACUUUGACACAAUGUCUCCAGAAUUUAUUUUCUAAAAAGCCUGUAGUAGAUCAGUAGUUUGCCGGUAGAUUGUAGUCCAAUUUGAUCCUUUCUGCCUCACUCACCCCUUCUAUAUACCACACUUGAAGGUAAGAUCACUUUGGUCAUGUGCUGUGCAUAACUACAACAAAAAGUUAAUCCAGUGACUGUAUUUUUUCGCUGUGAAACGUGUUUGAAACUUUGGAAUUCUCUGGAACGCAUUGCCUUAACAUCAGCAUGUGUCUUUGAAACAGGGUAAGUAUCCUCAUAGUCUGAUAGAGUGCAAUAUUUUAACAGUUAAAGGCACUUCCCAAGAAAACAGCUCUAACAACAGAGCCGUCAGAAGUGCUGCUCUGUCACUGAACUCCUGUGAAAAUACUUCCUUCUGAAACUAAGUGGAGCUAUAAUGUGUUAUUUUAUCUUUCUUAGGAAAGAUUAGGAUGUCACUGUGAUUAAACCUAGAGUAAUACUGAGAAGUAUUUUUAUAGGCCUAAAACUGGGUUUCUUGGAUAUGACAUCUAGUUCUUUGUGAUGCUAGAAUUUAUCUUUGGAAGAAAACUGUGCUGUGAAAAAAAUCUGUUAUUCCUUGUUAAAAAUAUUUCCUAGAGAGAGGGGAAAAAAAGAUGAGAGCACUUUAAAGCAAGUGAUUUCCAAUUCCACAUAGGAAUGGCUCUUCAAUCACUGUUUGGCUCUAGCUUUUAAUCUUAAUUCUUAGGCAAAUGGGGACCAUUUGUUGUUCCUCUCUUAAGGUGCUGAUUGAAUAAAGUUUUCAGAGAGAGUGAAGGGAAGCCAACUCAGGGGCAUCUCCUCUUCUUUGUUUUGUCUGGAUGAAAAUUCACUGAUCUGAGAACUGAUUUUAUGUAGUUUUGUGGAUCAUUCCUGUGGUGGGGGAAAAGCAGAGCAUUACUCCAGCACUUCCAAGGGUUUUCCAUAGAAUCGUUACAUAAAUUGUACACCGUGCCAAUGUUUCUGGGCUUUGAUGGGACUUUGGAACUCCAUUAGCAUAACGAGUGGAAUUUUAUUUCAUUUAAUUCAUACUGGUUUAUAAAGUUUGUUACUUGUGGUUUUGUGAAAAUUCAAUGUGUCCUUGGUAUUUAUUAUGACAUACAAACAGAUUUAUGUGCAGCACUGAGGCAAAAUGGCAGAAGUGCUCCUGAACUAGUUCUUAGUAGAGAAAAAAAAAUCCUGCAAUAGAGAGAGAAAACAACAGACAACUGCUCAGAUAUCUUUAUUUCUACCAGUGGCUACUGGUGAAUGCCUGAGAAAAAAAAACAUUAGAAUGGCACAAACAUGUAGUGUUACCUCUCCUGUAUAAUUAUUCAAAUAGUACAUUUGAAUGUACCAAAUACAUUCAGUAUAUCAAUAUGCAUUUAGUAUAAUGAAAUACCAAAGGCAUUCAGUAUAAUCAAUAGUUUGUAGUUCAGCAGAUAGAAGUAUUACAUUUAACAGCCAUUUUCCUUCCAUGAAUUUCUUUCAAUCGAUUUUUAACCCAUUUAACAUCCAGUACAUAUUUUGGAAAAUAAUUCUUACAUUUCUUUACACGGUGUUUGAAAAGUAACUUCUUUUUUUGUCUGAAUGCAUCUUUUGAUACUGUCGUUUAAUAUCUUUGUAUCCUUAGGGAAAAAAAAAAGCAUUUAUUUCCUCUUCAUUAUUUAUUCCCUAAUGAUUGUCACAUGGAAAAACUGUUCAGCUCUGUGGUUUAAGUCAAGUAAAGAAUUAGUGAUCUAUUGAUUUAUUAAUCAGAGUUAACCAGCAAUCAACCAGCUGACACAUUCAGUUCAAGAGCAGCAGUACAGCAGGUGACAGCAACACUAGACAUGCCAUAAAAUGUUAAUAAGCAACCAAGAAUUUCUAAGUACUCCUCUGCAGCUCAUCUCAGAACUUUUAAUCCCCCUGCACACUUUCACAGACAUGUUCACAGAGUUACGUAUGCACAUUCCACCUUUUACAGCAGGCAUUAAUUACAAGCACCUCUGGCACUUUCAGUGGGGCAGGGUGCAAGUCUGCUCCUGCCUCACAGCUCUUGUCAGAGGUGAGGGUGCUCUGGGUGACUUUGGAAUAUGCUGUAGCACAGCUCUUCUCUUAUGCCUGCAAAAUUUCAGCAGGUAAGUUUCUCCAUUAUAUCUGAAAAUAUCAAACCAUUUAUUCAGAUAGUAGUUCUCUUUGCAUAAUUGAUGCUGAAUAAUAAAAAUGUCCUUCCCCAAGCUACAGAAAGUGUCUGUGUUUCAUUCACUACUUUUUUUCCAGUUUCUUGUCUGAAUAGGUACAUGGAUAUUCUUUAAAAUGGGGCCUUUCAGAAUCAUACAGAAAAGAACAUCUAGUUUUUGUUUUCAUUGCUUUUAGUUGUUUUGAUUUCCCUUUUUAAGAUAAAAUCUCUCCCAAUAUGAUAAUACCUUCUAGAUCCUAUCUCUCAAAUAACAUUAUGGGAAGCAGAAUAACUCAGAAAUAACAGGAUCUUCAGACCCACAAAAAAAGAAAAAAAAAAAAAGGCAAAGUAAAUGUAAAAGGGCAAAUUUUCAACUAAUAUCUAAUCACAGAAUUCAAAUAAAUGACAGUGUUUAGUACUAUGGCAUCCCGUGAGCAACUGGGCAAAUACUGUGCUUGCACAAAUGGCAAACCAAUAGUUUUUGUCCUCAGUGAAGUUCUGAGCAUGUUCAUGAUCUGAAGUCACUCACUGAGCUGUAAUAUUUUCAUACACUUCUUCAUAUGUUUUAAUGGAGAGAGGAGAAGUUAACUUUUGCAUAUUGAAGGGAUUUUGGAGAGAUAGCUUUGGCAUAAGAAAAUUGCACUGCUGAGAGCAACAGAGGCUUUAUUUUUCUAUUGCCAAAAGAAGCAGCGAGUACAGUUAAUCACUGUCUUUUUUCUAAGAAUUUAUGAUAGUACCCCUUGCUUUUUUGCUUGGCAACCUCAUGCUAUAGUAAUUUAAACAAAUAUUAAUACCAUUAUCUCAAACCUCCAUACUCAGUUGUGAAAAUAUUUAUUGUCAGGACCCUGUCAACUUUAAAGAUAUUUGCCAUUCUGCCUUUCACGUUUUUCAUAUUUUUCCAGCAUUGAAAAAUCAGAAAUUACUCUUUCUGUCUGAGGUGGAUUGCAGGGCAAUCUUCUGGAAUGUCCCAGGUUCAGUGUUACGGGUUUAGAGCUUUAUAAUUUGUCAUGACUACUGCACCUUUAUAAUUUGUCAUGACUACUGCACAGAGUUGCAUUUGUGGUUUGUGUGAAAUAUAAAGUAUUUGUGAUGUCAUAUGGAGAGUGUGAGAGAGAGCUAAAGAAGGGUAGCUCUAAACAGAAUUUACUAUUAAAUGAACAGUUUAUCUGUGACUAUUCCUGUAAGGAUAUAGAUCACAGUAGUAUUGAAGAGUAAUGUUUCAAAUUCCCUGUGUAGCCAUGUUAGUAAAAGAGCCUGUGCUGUGCUGUUUGACUGGAAAGUGAACAAUAAUGACCAACCUAAUAGGAGUUUGGGAUUGUGAGCCACCCUGGCAGAGGCUGGCUUUCUUACUGGAAGUAUAAAAUACUUUACUUUCAUUCUAUCCCGCAUCUAUCCAAGGCACAAAGGUACAUUCACAAUUAGAAACACAGCAGCAGAACUGCUGCAAAAUUUAAUCUCCUUUACUGGGCACUUCAUUAUCAUCUGUGAGGAGAAAAAGGACCAUACAAACCUGAAUGUGUCCUGCAUCACAGCCGUGCUUUAAAACCAGCCUUCCAGUGGCUGGGGAGAACUCCCACAAGUGCUGGCGUGGUGUGGAAAACAAUUACCCAGUGAAAGGUGGUGUGACUUGCAUUACCAAGUUUGGGCGUGCCUUGAAAAAUCUGCAAGGUGAGAAUGGGCUUAAAUGUUAGAGAUGGUUGUGUAGGAAUCGCCACUUUUACAUCAGAGUAUUUUGGAGUGGGGGCUCUCCCUGAGAAGGCCAGUCUUGCAGGCUGUAGAGAUUUUACCAGUGAACCGUGGGACAUCCCUUUGAGGAACGUACAGUCAAAGAAUCUUAAAAAACCUUCCUGCCCCCUCUGGUGUUUUGGUGAAAAUUUGCCUUUACCAGUAUUUUUGUGCAAGCACUGAAUAAUAAUCAGCAUGAUUAAGGCAGGAUUUCAAUGGAAAGUGCAGGAUUUUGGAGAGACAGGCAGUACUCUACAUGUGCUAUGUGCACAAUAAAAGCAGAAAGUAGUGACUGUCCUCAUUCACUUGCGAACAUGUGGGAGCUGCAUGACAAACUCCAGACACCAAAACUUUUUCUAUAAGGAUUUGGAAAAUAUGCACAAUCUGCAUCCAAGUGUGGGCUAAUAUUCCCAAGUAAUUUUUUUUUUCUCUGUGCCUGUUAGCAUUAAGAAUUCAUUUUAUGCAGUGUAGUGUCUUCCAGAGACACAAAAAGUUUUUCAGAUAACAUCAACAUAUUCUAAUUUGCAGUUGCUCAUUAUAUUUCAUCUGUUUUGCUUAAGUACCCAGGAGUUAUUUUGGUAUACUAUUUCUGGGUGACUGAAUAUUAGAGGGUAUUUUUGUUACUGUGUACAAUAGCUCGUAAAAGAUUGUACUUGAUGUAAAUGUCUCCAACUUGUUUUAUGAUUUUCAGAAAAGACCUUAAAAAUUCUUUCUUAUUCUCUACAGUGGGGUUUUUUCUUUUGCUUUUUACCAUGGAAAUUUGUGGUAUUUAUUUGUUCUCCACAUAAAGAAAACUUUCAUGAGGAGAUAACAGUUUUGUAUAUGGAAACUGCAGUACAUCUGAGCUAUUUCAGAUGUUAAUUUAUUUGGGGAAAAACCAAAAAAUUCAUUCUGAUUUGCUGGGGAAAGAGAAUCAUUUAGAUAACUCUUUUGAAAUUUGUAGUGAAUAGUCAAAAUCUGACACAAAAAUUAAAGUACAAAUACUUUUUCUGAAUGAAGCUUUCCAUUAAAAUUUAAUUCAUUGAUAAGUAGUUAUUUUUACUCAAACAAGAAUACAGAGAUAUACCUUUCUCCAGAUACAUCUACAGCAUCAAGGUGGCAAGCUACAAAAUAAUUACACCAAAGCCAACUCAAUCUUUAGGAUAAUGCCCUCCAAAAAUUACUGUCUACUACUCUGAAAUAAGUGUCUGUGUGCAGUCUCAGAAUGACACCUAAAGUCUCGAUUAAUAAAUGUGACCAGAUUAAUUCUCUUAGUGCAAAGUAUGUGCACUGCCAGCCUGUGACAAAAGUGCACAAAUGGAAACUUGUGGAAACCUGUAGGCCCUUGUGUUUGGCGUUUAGUAAAUAAAAUAUGUUGCAUAGCAAAGUUUUGGCAGAAAAAAGCUUAGUAAAACAAAAUGGAAAAUUAGUCUGUCCAAUCAGUUUCUACAAUGCUGUUUACAGCUGUGUAUGCACUGUUUUAUUCCAUUUUUCUCAGAAUGACACCAUCCUGUUGAAGGGCACUAUUGGGGUAAUUGGCUGUCACAUGUCCGGGGUAAUCAUUGUAUCACUUUGUGGGCAUCUACUACUUCAAUAUGUUUUUUUCCAUCAUAUUUACAAGAAGGUAUAACUGUCUUAAAAUUUCAAUUUUUGAUUGACAUUUAGCAGUGGAAACUCCUGCCUGACAUCAAACUCAUUUGCAGUUGUUUCACUGCACAGUGUGCCUGAAAUGACGAGUUCAGUGUUGCGUUAGUAUUCCAGGAUAGUUACAGAACAGCAGCAUUAAGAGGCUGUUAAAAGUAUCAGGCAAUCCAUGUCAAGGGCUCUUGACAUGGAAUUGUACUGUUAGGAAACCAAUAUAACUGAGUUGAAGUCUAGAUCUCAACUUUUAGGCAAGUUAUGGUGCAAGGCUCAGUUCUUCACUCAAAAUUCUUUUGAGUGUAUGUAGCUGAGCUGUUUAUCUCCUUGACAGUGUGUAAGGAAAGCCUAGUUUGGCUUGUUGACUGCCUCCCUUGUUCUUCACAGCAAGAGUGAUUGGGCAUUGGAAUGGGCUGCCCAGGGAGGUUGUGGAGUCACUGUCCCUGGAGAUGUUUAAGGAAAGACUGGACGUGACACUCAGUGCCAUGGUUUGGUUGGCAAAGCACUAACUCUUAUCAUCUACUAAGAGUAUUUUCCUUCAUAAGGAAACUCCUACUUGGUAUUUAUAUCAUUCAGUUGUUGUAUAGACAUGUUAGAGGGCCAUGGUGUGUUUUUGGGCAUUUAAAGGUAAUGGGCUGGGUAGGUAAUGGGAAAAAUCUGUUCCUUAAAUGCUGGUUUAUGGCUGCUUAGCAGAACACCACCAAGGAAGAAACAUGUAGCUACCUACCUCAUUCUCAGCUCUCUGUAUUAAUAUUCGUCUGGAUUUUUAACAGUUUCCAAGGCAACUAAAAACAGAAACAUCUUUCUAAACCGGAGCUUCCCAGAACUCUCCAUUUCAAGUGGUACAAAAAUGAAUUACAACUUUCUCUUCAUCAUUGAGUUUUUACCAGGUUUUUAAAAAAUCUGCAACUAAAUUUGUCUCAUCAGUGGCUUUGAGAUUUUCUUCCCUAGAAACAUAAAAUGGUGGUGGCAAACAUUAUUUUGACUUCUUGAGGAGAUGUGGAAAGAUACCAUGAGCCUUCCCUUCUGAAAUGCUAAUUAUGAGCAGCUUGUCUGCCAGAGCUCAUUUUCCAUAAAUGAUGCAGGAGGGAUCCACAAUGAAAUAGUUACAGCACUUAAAGAAAUGCAGUUUGCAGCUGUCGUUUGAGCAAGGUCUACCAUGAGACAGGUCUUCAGUCUUCAGUGAGACUGUCUUUUAGCCAGAGCAUGACACCAGGUGAGGCAACGAUAGGGAAGGGAGUGAAAUUUUUUCCCCUUUCUCCUGUAGACAUAGGAACAUAUUUUUGUAGAGUAUUCUGAGAAGAAAUGUCAUUAUUCUGUAUUAUCUGCCCAAAGAAAAGCCAGCUGCAGCCACUUUAGCAAAAGACAGUUAUACCCACUAAGGCAAUACUUUUGCCAAAACCAGAGCAAGUAAGAUCAUUCAUACCCUAAAGCCUGGAAAAAGCAAAUUUGUCCUUGAGAAUGUCUUGUUAUAAAGGUCUGGAUUUACAGGAAAACCAGAAUAAAUGCAUGCAAAAAAUUAAGCAAAGAAGACAGUUAUACAAAAUUCUGUAUAUGUGUUAAGGUAAUAUUUUCUAGACUACUGUUCUGCUGUACUGAUGUAUUAUACUAGAGGUACAACAUGUUUAAAUCUGUUUCAUAGUACUGACCACUGUUUUGUCCUUGAAGAAACUGGAACCUCAAGCUUGAAUGAAAAUAGUUUGAAAUAGGUCACUCGUAUGUUCUUUACUACUUUUUACUCUGUGUGUGAGACCUUGGCCAAGUGAGCUUCCCCCUGUCUCAACUUCAGAAGUAAAACUGUGGAAGGUAUUCUUUGAACACCUUCCUAUGACAAAGGAAUUUAGAGUGGAAUAAGAAAACAAAACCCCUAAUGCAUGAUGAAGAGAAUAAUUAAGAGAUUAUACAUGUAUAUCCUAUAUGCAUGUAACAUAUAUACAUAAGACUUAUAUAUACGUACAUAUAUAUAUGCUUUAAUCAUCAGAUUUUUCAGAUAUUCUUUUUAAUGGUCAGGUGAUUCAUAUUUUGAAAUAAAAACUUAUCUGUAGCAUGACAUUCUCAUAUCAUUCAUCACCAUUGGUAAAAGCAUUCCAAAACAUGCCUAUAAACGGGCAAGCAGAGGUGGCAGUAGUAAAACUGUGCUAUCAGUUAUGAUUCAAAAGGGGCCAUUUUAGGAGUUGAACAGAUGAGGUUGACAGCCAGAGACACCUGUGGCAAGCUGCAAAUGAAGUAAAUGGAGAUGGGGUCAGUCUGUGAAGCUGUUCAGUUAAACAACACUAGGUGUCUUCUUUGGAGUACAAGGAGUGCCUCCCACUUCCACCAUUUUUUUGGGGAGGGAUGAGGAGCGUGGCUCAGCUGCCAAAACGAAGUCAUCUAGUGUGAUGUUAGGUGUUGUAGGCUGUGAUCUGGGGUCCAGAAUAAUGCAGAUGUCCAUAAAUCAUAUGGAAGGAUGUCUCAGAUUCCUGGGAUGUCUGAGUGGUGCUUAGCAAAGGAGUUCCACCAAAGAGCUCUGUGCUCCAACCUCCAGAAACAUUAAUUCAUGGUCUCCUCCUGACCAGGAAGUUACCCUCUGAUGGCCAUGAAAACAGUCAUUGUGGAGAUAACAGGCAAAAGAUGGAAGAAGUAAGACAGAAUAAGGAAAACACUGACAAAAGAUAGGAGACAACAUUUGGACUCAGGUAUACAAAGGUGUUCAAUAUAAGACCCAUUCCUCUGCCACACUUCCAAAAGAUGGUGCAGAUCUUCCCACCAGCCACCAUCGUGACACAGGCUGCAGUGGAACAGAUGUGUCCCUGUUUUUCUGGACAUUCUGAUGUAAUGAUAAAGCUUCACUUGAUUGACAUCAGAAGUCCAUCUUGGACGUGGUUUAGGCCCUUGUAUUUCUGCAGUGAGUAGGAGAAUGUUUCUGUUUUAAAUAUUGUAUUUCAUGCUGUUAGAAAUACAUAAUGGCAUGGUAAUGACAGUCUGAAUGGAGUAAGAAGGAUAUGAUUGAUUCUUUACAAAUUCUUACAAAAAUAACAUUUGCAUCUUUCUAAAGUUUAUUUUAUAAUGCCCUUGGCUAAUUUAUUUUACUAUGUUGAAGUUUUAUUGUAUGCUGAAACUAACUUAAAUUCAAGUUAACAUGUCUGUAUUGAAUCACAUGAAUCAAAACAUUGUAUCUGGUAUUUAUUAAUUUUCUUGGGAAAUAGGUUUUAGAUUUUUUUUUCAGUGUUGGAAUUACUACUACUUGUGUCAAUUAUGCAUAUUUCAAACAUUUAAAAGAAAUAUUUUCUUUCCAAAAAUAAGUGUAGCUUCAUUACUUUUCCUUUAAGGAGACUCAUGUUGGCAAAACAUAAAAAUCAGUUGCAUUCCUAAUGGCCACUGGAGACCUGUUUUUUAAAAAUCUAUUAAAAUUAGCAAACCAUGAAUGAGGUCUCCUGUCUUUGUCCUCAUUCUAUCUGCUUGGAAUAUUCUCUUUUGAGUUUUCAGGUUCUUAGUCAAAUCCUGAUGUUUGAUGAGCUGGUGUAGGAUAAGGACCAUGGUAUCACUGUGCAUCCUAGUUUCAAAAUUAUGUUUUGGCAAUUUUGUCAAAGGAACAAAACUUGUAUGAAGAUGAAGAGAUAGAUGAGGAGGAGGAGGAGGACGAAGAAGAAACAGAAGAAGAAGAAAAAAUAGAAGAAGCAGAAAGAGAAGAGGAAACAGGAGAAGAAUCAGGAGAAGGAACAGAGAAAGAAGAGGAAA